CUGGGCAAAAAAUGUAAACACAUGUGUAGACAGGAAACGUUAACCAGAGACCGGAUGCCCAGCCCCACUCCCGCGAUAUUAGGUCAAACGAGACUUGGGUUGUUCUUUUCCCCGGAAGACCAGGCAAGAUGGCGGACGUUGAGAUCAAGAAGAAGCGUACCUUCAGGAAGUUCACCUACAGAGGUGUGGACCUGGACCAGCUCCUGGACAUGUCCUAUGAGCAGCUUAUGCAGCUGUACUGCGCCCGCCAGAGGAGAAGGCUUAACCGUGGCCUUCGCCGCAAGCAGCAGUCCCUCCUGAAGCGCCUGCGCAAGGCCAAGAAGGAGGCUCCCCCAAUGGAGAAGCCGGAGGUGGUCAAGACUCACUUGAGAGACAUGGUCAUCCUGCCCGAGAUGGUUGGCUCAAUGGUCGGCGUGUACAACGGAAAGACCUUCAACCAGGUGGAAAUCAAGCCUGAGAUGUGUGGCCACUACCUGGGAGAGUUCUCCAUCACCUACAAGCCGGUCAAGCACGGUCGCCCUGGUAUUGGAGCUACACACUCUUCUCGUUUCAUCCCUCUGAAGUAGACUGGCUGUUUUCGUUAUAUAAAUAAAAAUGGGCUCGCCACACACUUGA